CUUAAGGAAUGGGGUCCUCGGCCAAGAAUCAAGUAUAUGUGUGAGAUUGGAUGAUCCAACAGGCCAAGGCCAACCGUCCAGUAUUUUCAGACCAGCUCAAUUUGGUUACACGCAAAGAUUCCUAGUCUCUUAACUGGAAAACCGCUGUCUUAUGCACAUGAAUUGUAUAGACAUUGAACCUGUUUCAGAACUAAACGAAAUCGCUCAGAUUAAGCUGAUAGUGAUCAAUGAGCCAAACGUAUAUUCUUAUUUCUGGGUUUCUCUCGCCAUCGAUCUACUUUCACCAUGGAAGUGAUUAAAUGCAUUCACAGAGAGGAUGGAGGACAUUUUGCUUUCACACUAAGAAAAACACAAUAUGUACUUUUCUAAUGACUCAUCUUCUCGUCAUUUACAAACUUAUUCCAUGAUGUUCUGGCUUUGCGUAUUCAAUCAAACAACGGUAAAGGUGAAAUUUCCUUUUGUUUACUUUUUUUUUUUCUCAAUCUUCUUGGCAGGCGAACCAAGAUAUCUUGAAUCAACAAAUGUAACUUUAAUGUAAGAAGCCAUCAUCAAAACUGCAACGCGAGCAAUAGUUAAGAAAACAAAGCAUCUAAACAAUAGGGAAAAGCAAAGGACCCCAAAACCUAGCCAGUCUCACACCGAAAGUCACAAAAAACAAUACCCCAUAAAACAAAAGCACAUGAUGCUUCCUUCCAUCUAUCUCUCCCUAUUCCACUCUCUAAAGGCAGCACUCAUUAGCUAGCCGCCUGCUUAGUACAAUAUAUAUCAAUUCCUCACUUGACACUUCACAACUUUUCUCACACAAUCCUCUCUAACUUAAUUCCCUCUCUAAUUCUCUAAGUGUAGCCAAAAGAUGGAGCUAAAACACUACUCUUAUUCUAUCACUCUCCUCCUCUUCAUCUCUUUGAUCUUUCUUCCCUCCCUGGUCUCAUCUCAGGCCUGUCAGAGAACUUGCGGCAAUCUACCUAUCAAGUACCCAUUUGGGACUGGCCCUGGCUGUGGUGAUCCACGCUUUCAAAAAUACGUAACUUGCGAGCAACAAAAACUUACCUUGACAACACACACUGGCAGCUACCCCAUAACUAACAUAGACUACAGCAACCAAGUCAUAUACAUAUCAGAUCCUUCUAUGUCAACUUGUGCUUGCUCCCAGCCGAGCAAAGGCUUUGGCCUCGACUGGGAUGCUCCCUUCUCUUUCACAGACGAUAAUGUUUUCACUCUCCUUGACUGCUCAACCAUUUCAUCACCGAUUUUUAGAUCCAAUAGCUAUAAUGUUGAUAACAGCAGUGCUGUUCCCCUAUGUGACAAACAAGGGGCUCCCAUUUGUAGUUACUUGUAUUCUUGCAGGGCAAUUAGCAUGCUCAAUCUCCCAAUAUCCACAUGUUGUGUUUAUACACCAGUGGAUCUGGGCCCAUCGUUCGAAUUGAAUUUGCAGAAGUUGCAGUGCUCUUCAUAUUCUGGUUUCUAUAGCUUCAGUGGCCAGGAAUCGAACCCUGAUAACUGGAAGUACGGAAUAUCUCUUAAGUAUAAGUUUAAUGUAUAUAAUGACUACCCAAACUCGUGCGCAGAUUGUGAGAAAAGUGAUGGAGUCUGUGGUUACGCUGGAAGUUACGAUUCAUUUAUUUGCAACUGUCCGAAUGGCCUAAACACCACAUCUACUUGUUUCUUUGUAUCAUCGUUUAAUAAUGGUUUGAGGCUACUCCCACUUCAGACAGGUAUUUAUUACACAUCUACAUUUUUUGUUUCCUUUUUUACAAACCCAAGCGUAUUUUUAAUGGUUUGGAAUCUAAAAUGGUAG